AUGGCAGACGCAGUCGACGCAGGCAUAGCUAAAACUGGUGCGUAUAAAUAUGAAGAUGGUACGCGGUAUGUGGGGGAAUGGAAUUCGAAAGGACAGAAGCAUGGCACGGGCCACCUCGUGUUAGCAGAUGGUACAAGAUAUGAUGGUUCUUUGACCAGUGGUCUUUGUUCUGGACUUGGUGUUAUGUCCUUCCCAGAUGGAGCAAAGUAUGAAGGAGAGUUCAUGCAAGGCUGGUUUCAUGGUCACGGUGUGUUCUGGCGAGCUGAUGGGAUGAAGUUUGAGGGAGAAUUUCGUGGAGGACGUGUUUGGGGAUUAGGUCUUGUCACUUUUAGUGACGGCAGUAACGGCUUUCCAAGAAACGAGGGGUAUUUCCAAGAUUGCAAGAUGGUGCGACGCAAACGUUGUCCUGAAGUCGUACAGCGAGCCCAGAAAAUAGCUUAUAUGGCCCGAGCUCAAUGCCAACAAAUG